CUUGUGUACCAGAGAAUCUGUGACUCCACUGAUGGACUUUUACCUUCUAAGCUUUUGCAUAAAUUCAGAAUAUUCAGUGAAUUCCGUGUGAAGGUGCACGAGGCAGCGAUCAGACCCGAGGGGCGACGACACGUCGGUGUUUUUGCUUUGUUUAAUUUGCACAAAUGACGAACUUGACGAACAACACGGCGGUGGUGCGAGCAGACGACGAUGAGGAUGAGGAUGGGGCGGAACGUGGGCGGAGCGCGAGGGUCCUGCUGGGAUUCGUUCUGUUCUUGCUGAUUGUGUGGACGCUGCUGGGGAACACGCUGGUGUGCGCCGCCGUGGUAAAGUUCAGGCACCUUCGCUCCAAAGUCACCAACUUCUUUGUGAUCUCUCUGGCCGUGUCGGACCUGUUCGUGGCCGUGCUCGUGAUGCCGUGGGAGGCGAUGUCUGCGGUGGCAGGGGCGUGGCUCUUCGGCCGCGUGUUCUGCGCCAUCUGGGUGGCGUUCGACAUCAUGUGCUCGACGGCCUCCAUCUUGAACUUGUGCAUCAUCAGCGUGGAUCGCUACUGGGCCAUCGCGAGCCCGUUCCGUUACGAGCGCAAGAUGACGCAACGUGUGGCCUUCGUGAUGAUCGGCGUGGCCUGGACACUGUCCGUGCUCAUCUCCUUCAUCCCAGUGCAGCUGAACUGGCACGAGGCAGACGAGGACGAAGACGGCGACAUCCUCGGAGAGUUUAACUUCAACGGGAGCGUUAGCAAUGACAACUGUAAAGCUAACCUAAACCGCACGUAUGCUAUCUCCUCCUCGCUGAUCAGCUUCUAUAUCCCGGUGGUGAUCAUGAUUGCGACGUACACGCGGAUUUUCCGCAUCGCGCAGAAGCAGAUUAGGCGGAUUUCCUCGCUGGAGAGAGCAGCAGGACACGACUGCAGCGGAGACAAUUCUAACUCGCUGAAAACGGCUUUCAAAAAAGAAACGAAGGUCCUGAAGACGCUGUCGGUCAUCAUGGGCGUGUUCGUGUGCUGCUGGCUGCCGUUCUUUGUGCUCAACUGCGUGGUGCCGUUCUGCCAGUGCGUCAGCGACACCACCUUUGCCGUCUUCGUGUGGUUCGGCUGGGCCAAUUCCUCACUCAACCCCGUCAUCUACGCCUUUAAUGCAGACUUCCGCAAAGCUUUCUCCUCCAUUCUGGGCUGCCACAAACUGUUUCCCAGCACCACCGUCGAGGCCGUGAACUUCAGCAACGAGCUGGUGUCUUAUCACCAUGAUACCACGCUGCAGAAAGAAGCUCCGCCUCUGAUUCCGCUCAAAGAAGAAGGCCGUGUGCUGCGGGCUCAUAAGACUUCCUCUCUGAGCUCCUCCUCUUCCUGUGUCGGAGUGGGUGGAGUGUUUCGUGAUCACACUCAUGUGCUGCUGCCCAGCGUGGGUCGGUGCGAGUGUGAUGCAGAGAUCUCACUGGACACCAUCACACCCUUCACCUCCACCGCCAUGAUGGAGUGCGGCGGGAUCCCGGGACAAAUCAUCAACGAGUGAUAUCACCAGCGUGGAGGAAAAGAAUGUUUAUACGAGAGAUCUGAUCAGUAAUCAAUAAUCAAUCAUCAAUAAUCAGUCUGUUGACUUGAUGAUUGAGGAAGUGUUCAGGUCCUGAGUGCUGAAGCAACGCCAGAGAAGUGAAAGAACACGUUAAUGAACACUAUGUUAAAGGGUCAAACACCUUCUUAGAACCAGGAAACACCCAUGUUAUAGAGUUCUACACCCAUGUUAUAGAGUUCUACACCCAUGUUAUAGAGUUCUACACCCAUGUUAUAGAGUUCUGUUCUACACCCAUGUUAUAGAGUUCUACACCCAUGUUAUAGAGUUCUACACCCAUGUUAUAGAGUUCUACACCCAUGUUAUAGAGUUCUACACCCAUGUUAUAGAGUUCUACACCAAUGUUAUAGAGUUCUACACCAAUGUUAUAGAGUUCUA